AUGCCUCCAACAUCUGGAGACAGGGCAACCGAAGUAGCCUCGCAUUUACAACGCACCAGACCGGGUACUAAACCCAAGGUUAUACGACCAAAAAAAACAGCAACGCCCAGACCACCUCCGGCGACACGAGGACCAUCAAAAGGAAGCAGUCCAUUUAAGACUGUCCCGGUUAAACCCACCGUCUCCCACCAUGGAGUAUCGCCACGGGUACUGACCAUGUUUGGUGUGGGCAUGCUGGGAAUAGGCAUGUACUGCGGCUAUCUCUACUCAUCCUACCGGCAAGCAGUCAUCCAGUCCAAGACCAUGGAGGUUCCUGAUGAUGUAUCAGACCGAUACAACACCACGGCGACCUACUAUGAUGAUGAAGUCGACCUUGGCGAGCGGUUCAUGCAGCUGGGCGCAAAGAGGAAGGAAUUGGUUCGUAUGGCCCGCGGGGAUGUGCUCGAGGUCAGCUGUGGCACUGGGCGGAAUAUGGGCUACUAUCAACUCGGAGAGAAGAGGGGACUGGAUGCGCAAGGACAUUCGGAAAUACAGGGAUGUCGGUCCGUGACCUUUGUCGACCUGAGUCCGCAGAUGGUAGAGGUUGCUAAAAGGAAAUUCCAACAGCAGUAUCCCGGAUUUGAAAGGGCUGCGUUUUGGACAGAAGAUGCCCGGAAGUACUUGCCAUCUAAAAAGCAAUUAUCAUCGCAAUCGCAAUCAGCACGAAGUCAGUCAUCAGAGAGAGCCGAGUGGAGCUAUUCCAGACCUUAUUUCGACACAGUCUUAGAAACCAUGGGCUUAUGUUCAACCCCUGAUCCAGUCGGCCUCCUGCGUCAUCUUGGAUCGAUUACCGAGCCGGAAAAGGGCCGCAUCCUGCUUCUCGAACACGGACGGUCGAGGUAUGAUUGGGUCAACAAUAUUCUCGAUAACCUCGCGCCGGCACACGCGCACCGACACGGGUGCUGGUGGAACCGUGAUAUUGGCCAAAUCGUGGAGCAGAGUGGGCUGGAAGUGGUGGAGAUUAAACGAUAUCAUCUGGGAACGACAUGGAGGGUUAUUUUGAGGCCCAAGCCGGGACCACGGUCGGGACUUGAGCAAGCUGCUCCUGAGAAACAGCCACAAGGAGGAGAGGAGAAGAGUCGCAGUUUUCUUGGAUUUAGUGUUUAG